CUCCUCUGCCAGGGAGGUGAUCCGGCAAGGCUGUAGUGGAGACAGGAGACGAACCACCAGCAGUCUGAAAGACUGAACAUGUCUAAAUGAAAGGCAUAAAACCCCGGAGAGGUGGAACAGUAGUUGCUUGAGUGCAUUGUUCCGGUAGGGCGUCACACAUCAGACCUCUUCAUGUUGAAGUUUCCACCAGAGCUGAUUGUCCACAAGGGCAAUGUUUGCUUCCUCCUCUAUGUGGUUGGAGGACUCGUGAUGACGGUCACUGCUGGUAGUCGGUGCGUGGAUGUGGCUAUGAGGACGGCCCAGAACCCUGCUAACCUGCGGCGCCUGUCAAACACACUCAUCCGGCUCAUGGGCCUCCGAUACAAAACACAUGUUGCUAACUCUGUGGCAAAAGGAAAACUAAAAAGGCUGUUUUUCACUGACAGUUUCAACAGCCUCCUUGCUAUGACAAGAACAACACUGCAAGGAACUCGUCAUUUCAAGGUUUUAGGCUGGUGUCCUGAGAAGCAAACACACCUGGAGUCUACGAACUGCGUCUCAGCAAACAGGAAACAACAGCAGCAAGCUGAAAACAUUCCAUCCUUCAAAUCAACUACAGUGGUUGAUCAACUGUAGCAGGAAGGCACAAGCAAGAGGAGAUGUGAUUCUUCUUUUACUGGGUGGACAAACCAGAGAAAUCCGCAAUGGAUCUGACACAAAUUAUGCUUUAAAUGACAAUCACCCUACAAGUCUGACCCUGGGCUUAUCUCUACUGUCUGUAGUCCUUCUAUGGAUGUUUCUGCCUCAUAUUGCAGUUUGUGCUGGGAUCUGUUUAGGUUGGAAGGUACAACAAUAUAUCCACUGAGUGCUGCAGUCACAGAGAAAAUCAUCCAGGCUUUCAUUUUCUAUCCACUAUAACGCCCACUAUUUUGACCCAAGCCUCUUUUUGCAGCUUCCAACUGGCUCCAGAGUACUGUACCAAGGAUUCUAACAAGAUCAGAAAACUAUAUUACCUUUUCUGAUGCCUCCCCUCAAUAGCUUCUUGUUAGCUUUAGAAUUUAAUCUACCAUUCUAAUAUUUAUCCACAAAGUGCUAUGUGGUAUUAAAUAAUAAGGCCCUAAAUAUGUGCUGUAUACCUGAGCUCAAAGUCAUACAAACCUGACCAAACCCCCACAAUCCACUCCGUCCAUUUAUAUUUCCUACAAACAACUUAAAUACACUUUUCCUCAUUUGCUUUAAAUUGAACACAAUCUAUUUGGAUUAUGUGUGUGUGAAUGGGCUAGUACUGUAGUGUGUAUGCAUCUUUCUUGAAAUAAGUAUUUCUGUUGUCUAGCUGACCUGCACCGCCCUUUGGAUCAACUGUGUUUGAAGUUUGAAGGACUAGCCUCUCAUUCUCAACAGCCAUGUAUAUAUUCUCAGCAGCCAAUUCAAUUUGCAAGAAUUUAAAAGGUGACAUUAUUUUGCAAACCUGUCAAAGUUCUCUGUCAGCUCAAAGGACACCAGUCCAUUCUGCUGGUUCCUCACUGUGGCUUUAUCCAGG